CUGUCAUUAGAGUUCUAACCCAACUUUCGAGCCAGUGUUUUCUCGCAAUUUUCUCCACCUCCCCAACCCCUCGGGAGAUUAAUGGCAAAGCCCCAGCAAAGCAAGCAAAAUUGACCGCGCCCCAAUCAAUUCCAUAAAUUUUCCCACCUGCCGUUGCUGUAUGCGGACACUAUCGCAUACGUCACCGUAACGUUCCCAUCAAAACCCUCUCAUUUUCGCUAAUCAAAAAACGCAUUUUCCCCGCUCAGCCUUUCGACCUACAGGCCCAUAAAUUCGCAGUUCAAGUCCCGCACUUACCAUCGAGUGAAGUGAGUUCGGCGCCCAGAAUCCGCAGUGCUUGUGGUGGAAAAUGCUUGACUAAUAUAAUUGCGCAUCAAGCAUGAAAUAACAUGGAUCUGGUCUGUGUAGCUGUGCAGCAGAAGCUUUUGCCCGUUUCCCUGCGAUUGUUGAGCAGCAGGCGACACUAUGCCAGGCUAGCCGAAGUGGGGCGACUAGAAACCCCCAAAGCGGAAGGGAAAUACGACACUGGACAACUGAUUCUUCACAGAGUGUUUGGCUAUAGGGGGGUGGUUCUAUUCCCCUGGCUGGCCAGAGUCUAUGACAGGGAUUUGCCCCAACACAGGGAAGGGGAUGAGGAAACGAACGCAGGAGUCGGCAAAGAAGUCCGAGGACGAACACACACGUUCUACCAAGUCCUCAUUGACCAAAGGGACUGCCCGUACAUUAGGGCGCAAACGGAAGCAGUAACAUUCCUGGGCAACCAGGACUCGUCCCGAAGCCUGUACGCUAUUCCCGGCCUGGACUACGUGGCCCACGAGGACAUAUUUCCCUAUGUGAGCGCCGAAAAGGCGCCCCUUCACCAUGAAUUGUUCGACAAAUUCCUGGGACCCAACCCCAACAGAGGUGCCCUACCCUUAAUCCCCGUAAAUAAACCUGAUUCGCGUUUAUUAGUGGUCGAUUUUUUAGAUCCACCAUUCGUAGCCCAGGACACAUUGAAAGCGUGGCAGAACAAAAACCAUCCCUGGUUGGAACUAUCCGACGUUCACAAAGAAACCACGGAAAACAUCCGAGUAACAGUCAUCCCAUUUUACAUGGGUUGCAAAGAGAGUCACGCUAGUUCAGUUUAUUGGUGGCGUUACUGCAUCCGAUUGGAGAACCUGGGGAGCCUCAGCGUUCAGCUUCGGGAAAGGCACUGGAGGAUCUUUUCAUUAUCAGGAACGUUGGAAACGGUCAGAGGCAGAGGCGUGGUUGGCCAGGAACCAGCCCUAACUAAAACCCUGCCGGCCUUCCAGUACAGCAGCCACGUAAGCCUGCAGGCCCCUAGUGGCCACAUGUGGGGCACGUUUCGAAUGGAGCGCGAAGACGGCUACACGUUUGAUUGCCGAAUACCGCCCUUUUCCCUGGAAAGUAAAGCGGAAGGCGGACCGGCUACCCCGCCCGAAACAGCCUAAAAUAGCGACGCAGGGUGUAAAAAAGCCAUACCAAAAUUCAACUGAGUGUAUAUAUUACACGUAAUGCAACAACGCCCCAAACUGUCUAGCAUCGCAACAUUUCCCCAAAAAUCCCCAUUGACUGGUAGAAAAUAAUAUACAGAAAAAAGCUGAAAUGGAAAUCGUCCGCCCCUCCUAGGCUCAACAAACUUAACAGUAACUCUCACUUUAUUAUUACUAUGCUAUUAGUAUAGUCGCCUAAACCUAGCUCAUUGGUGCUGAUCGAAGAGCUGAGUAAAUGCCAUACAGUAGAACAUAAAUACAUAAAAAGAA